AUGAACUGGAAAAUGAGUGAGAUUAAGAGGCUGGACACAAAAACACGGAAGCUACUUACCAUGCACAUAAGGCAACUCCCGAAGGCAGACGUGGACAGACUGUACCUCCCCAGGAGAAUUGAAGGAAUAGGCCUGACCAAGUUAGAAACUGCGUACGAAUCAACUAUGGUAGGGUUGAAAACAUAUCUGAGAAACAUUGAUGAUGCUCUGUUCCAAUUAGUACUUCAAUAUGGGAUCAAAAAGAAGCUUUACUCCAUCAAAAAGAGGCAGAGAAAUUCAGAAGAGAAUUUGAGGUCCCAAACCUCGAUGGGGCAGCAAAUGAACGGGUUACUAAUUUUGCUGGGAGAGUAA